GUGUGUGCGUGUGUGUGCGCUAUGCAGACCUGCCAUCAACAUGUCACGGUGGUAGAUGCGUUCCCAAGCUUGGGCGAUCAUACCGAGCUGUUAAGUUGAACGGAAUUAAGAGUGCUUGUGCGGAAAUUUGAGUUUUUCCCAGAACCGGACUGCGUCGGUGCCACACCCGGGGCGCGCACGGCAUUGACACACGCACGCACCGUGACCGUCUCACGGUGACCGACAGGAUCCUGCGCAUACUGCCGUACACCCGUGAUCUCAAGAAGAGCAGGAGGAGGAGGAGGAGGAGGAGGCUGCUGUUAACAAAAACCUAUUUAUAUAUUUUUACACCGGAAUAAGCAAAAAUGGGAGAGGCGGAGACGCGUCAGCGAUUACUGCGCAACGUGAAAAAGGAGGUGAAGCAAAUUAUGGAGGAGGCUGUUACUCGGAAAUUUGUGCACGAAGAGAGCAGCCACAUCAUUUCUUUCUGUGCUGUUGUGGAAGCUUGCGUGUUGCAUGGGUUGAAGAGGCGUGCUGCCGGCUUCCUGCGCAGUAACAAGUUGGCAGCACUCUUCCUGAAGGUGGGGAAAAUCUUUACACCAGCUGAGGAUCUGUGCAAGAAGGUGCAAGAGCUGGAACAGCUUAUCGAAAACAAUUCCAGACAGAUCCAAUCUCAGACGAGUCAAGAUAGUAUCCGUAAACAGUCACGGAAUCCCAACCUCUCUCCCCAAGCCAUCAAGCAUCUGUGGAUCCGCACAGCCCUGACGGAGAAAGUGCUUGACAAGAUUGUUCUAUACUUAGUGGAGAACAGCAGUAAAUUCUAUGAGAGAGAAGCUUUGCUGAGGGAUCCUGUUGAUGGACCAAUCCUUGCAUCACUACUGGUUGGUCCCUGUGCUCUGGAGUACACUAAAGCGAAGACAGCUAACCACUUUUGGACAGAUCCUUCGGCUGAUGAGCUGGUGCAGAGACACCGUAUUCACAGUGGCCAUUGCCGCCAAGACUCGCCCACUAAGCGCCCUGCUCUUAUUCAGAAAAGGCAAUCAAGUGGUAGUAUGGAUGACAGGCCUUCCCUCUGUGCUCGGGACUAUGUGGAAUCUCUCCAUCAAAACUCCAGAGCCACACUGCUGUUUGGCAAGAACAAUGUUCUAGUCCAGCCAACAGAUGACAUGGAAGCCAUCCCAGGAUACCUGUCUCUCCACCAGACUGCAGAGCUAAUGACGUUAAAGUGGACACCAAACCAGCUAAUGAAUGGCAACAUGGGAGAAUUUGAUUAUGAAAAAAGGUGGAUGUACCUUAAUAGUAUUACAAUACUGACAGACAGAUUUAUGACAGCAUUAUUGCUUUGUAGGUUGUUUGCUUUAAACAAGAAUUCAUUUUUCAACAGUGUGUAUUGGGAUUAUGCCAUGACUAUUCGUCUAGAGGAAAUUGUGUAUCUGCACUGCCAUCAACAAGUUGACAGUGGUGGCACGGUGGUGUUGGUGAGCCAAGAUGGAAUCCAAAGGCCUCCAUUCCGUUUUCCAAAAGGAGGCCAUUUGCUGCAGUUCCUCACAUGUCUGGAGACAGGACUCCUUCCACACGGCCAGCUUGAUCCUCCGCUCUGGUCCCAGCGGGGAAAAGGAAAGGUUUUCCCAAAAUUACGGAAAAGAAGCCCACACAGCUCCUGUGAGUCAUUUUCGGACAAGGAUGAGGAUGAAGCAACAGAUUAUGUGUUUCGGAUAAUAUAUCCAGGCAGUCAGGAGUUUGUUGGCCCAGAGCUGAUGGACCCAAGCAUGACCAUGUGGCACCCUGCUCCAAGGAAAUCUUCCUGUUCCUCUUGCUCUCAGAAUGGUUCUUCUGAAGGUGGACUGCCCAAUGGAUGCAAUCAUGACAGGGCUCCACUGAAAUUACUUUGUGAGACCAUGAAGUACCAGAUCAUUUCUCGUGCCUUCUAUGGCUGGUUGGCCUACUGCCGUCACCUAUCCACAGUUCGCACACAUCUGUCUGCUCUGGUCAAUCCUACUAUUAUUGAGCCUGACAUUCCAUAUAAUUCCAAAGGAGGGCUCUCUGCAGAAGUGUGGAAGACAUUUCUACAGGAUAGUUCUGCUUACGAAGAAGCGGAACUUCUCCGGCUUGUGUACUAUGGUGGUGUAGACCCCACCUUACGUAAGGAGGUUUGGCCUUUUCUGUUAGGCCACUACCACUUCACUAUGACUCCUGAGGAGAGAAAGGAGGUGGAUGAACAGGUUCGGGCCUGUUAUGAGCAAACCAUGAGUGAGUGGCUGGGCUGCGAGGCCAUAGUGAGGCAGCGUGAGAAGGAGCAGCAUGCUGCUGCACUUGCUAAAUGUGCCUCUGGAGCAAGUGCAGAUCUACGACAGGACUCCACUAUCAGCACAGAUUCAUCCCAGAGCUGCAGCUCAGAGAAACAAGGCAAUGCCUGUUCCCAGUGUGACUCCAACAGUAGCACUCAGGUGUUUGGGUCUGUCGAUGAGGUUGACCCAAUCGAAUCCGAACCUAAACCGAAAGAUGAGAAACCCCAGCCCAAAAUUCCAAAUGGGACUUUUCCUACCUGCACUAGUUCUCCAGACUCUGGACACCCAUCCUCUCGAAACUUCUCAGUUACAUCUGGACUCUCAGAUUGCUCCCCAAGCACAGAGGAUGCUUCAACACAAGAGAAUGGAAGCAAAAUCAAACCAGAGCCAACAGCAGUGACAUCUGAGGUUAAUGUGGACCUUUUAACCAACCCUAGUCUUGAAGACAAGCUCAAACAAGAACCAGCAGAACAGAGCUUACUGGCUCUAGGCACAGGCAAGGGGGAUUUAAUCAAGUCCUCUACAGGAACUCUCACUCCAGAAGAUGAAACAACAAAACCCCCGGUAAAGGAGAAGAUUGAGAAUUCUGGUGCCAAAGUAGUUAACAGGACUGACGCAGUCAAAUCCAUAAACUCACAAAUGGUUUCAAAGGAAAAAUCAGAGUUGAAUGUUGCUGAAACAGUACAAAGCACAAAUUCUGAACAUUCUGAUGACAAGGUAAAAUCUUCAGAUAUCAAGGAGAAAAGCAAGCAAAUAGUGGAAUCAUCCGUCAUUUCUGAGAAGAUCACUAAAUCCUUAAAAGGAAUUAGGGGCUCAGAAGUGGUGGUUGAAACUCAGGAAAACAUGAAGUUUAAUGAUGAUAAAGACAAAACAGCAAAAAAUAUUGCUUUGGAAAUGCAAGAACCUCUCAGAGCACUGACUAAAGAGGGUUCUUUGGAAGAAGCAAAAACAGCAGAUACAAGCCUAUCUGCAAAUGCUAAAGAACUCAUAAAGCCAGAGAUCCCCAAUGCACCUCAAAAAGAGCAUUCUAAAAAUGAAACACAGCCUCCUGAACCUCUUUCUGAAUCAGAGAUGUCCAGUGACCCUCACAUGGAUCCUUCAGAAAAAGAAACAAAGUCUUCUCAACUUCCUUCUGAAACAGGGAUGUCUUUGGAAAAAGAAAUAAAGUUUCCUCAACCUAUCCCUGAAGCGGAGAAGGCCAAUGUGCCUGACAUUGAGCAUACAGAAAGAGAAAUUAAGCUUAUUCAUUCUGAUUUAGAGAUGACAAUCACCCUUAAAACAGAGUCUUUGGAAAAAGAAACCAAGCUUCCUCAAACUUUUACUGAAUUCAAGAUGACUACUGUCCCUGAAAUGGAGCCUAUGGAAACACAAAUAAAGGGAUCUCAAUCUUCAGAGAUGACCAGUUAUCUAAACAUGGAGCCUCUGGGAAAGGAAAGAAAGCCUCCUCAACCUCAUUCUGAAUCAGAAAUAGCCAGUACCCCUGAUAAAGAGCCUUCAGGAAAAACUGAAAUAAAGUGUCCUCAACACGUUUCUGAAACAGAAGCAACCAGCAUCUCUCAUAAUGAGUCUUCAGAAGAAAAAACAAUGCCUCCUCAAUCUCUCUCUGAAUCACAAGACAUAAUGCAGAGCAAUUCAUCUAACAGUGACAAGCUAGAUAUGAAAAGUAUUUUGAACUGGACCUAUGAUUCCAAAAGAACCACGGUAUUAAUGAAACAAAUGAAUGAACCUGUGCUUGAAAGCUGUAGUUCCAUUUUAUCAUUAUCGAAACAAUCUCCAGAUACAUCUGAUGACUCUCCAUCUGCCCUGGAGAUGGAGGAAAUCCCUGGUGCUUUGGUUUAUAUGCCUUCAGCGGAUAUCUUAGCCAAUGUUCCUGUUACACUGGGUCCUCCUUUGGCUCUUAUGAUGCCACCAGAGAAGGCUGCAGUAGGUAUGCCUGCUCUGGAGCUGUGCAUGGAGGCAGGUCAGAACACCAGCCCAGAGGCCACAGAAUCAGCCCUGUCUGAGGAAGAGCCAGAGAUGGAAAGUCUAUUUCCCAAACCAGAUUCUCUAGCUGUAGGAGACCAUAAAAAUGAUGUUGCAUCUCCAGUGUCCUCUAUUGGAACUACUUACUCUCAAGAGCUGCUAGACUUGUACACCCUCAAUCUUCACCGUAUUGACAAAGACGUCCAAAGAUGCGAUAGAAACUACUGGUAUUUUACCACUGCCAACCUUGAGAAGCUACGCAACAUCAUGUGCAGCUAUGUUUGGCAGCAUCUAGAUAUUGGCUAUGUGCAGGGAAUGUGUGACUUGCUUGCACCUCUGCUUGUUAUUCUUGAUGAUGAGGCCAUGGCGUUUAGCUGCUUUACAGAGCUUAUGAAAAGGAUGAAUCAGAACUUUCCUCAUGGUGGAGCAAUGGACACCCACUUUGCCAACAUGCGUUCUCUUAUACAGAUUCUUGACUCUGAGCUUUUUGAGCUAAUGCAACAGAAUGGAGACUACACCCACUUCUACUUCUGUUAUAGAUGGUUCCUCCUAGAUUUUAAAAGAGAAAUGGUGUAUGAUGAUGUGUUCUCCGUUUGGGAGACCAUCUGGGCAGCCCGUACCGUCUCCUCAGGCCACUUUGUGCUGUUUAUUGCUUUGGCACUGGUUGAGUUAUAUAGGGACAUCGUUUUGGAGAACAACAUGGAUUUCACUGACAUCAUCAAGUUCUUCAAUGAAAUGGCUGAGCGGCAUGAUGUACCACAGCUUCUGGUGAUGGCCAGAGACUUGGUUCACAAGGUCCAGAUCCUCAUAGAGAACAAGUGAUAACCUUUUACCAUUUGUUCUCCAUUGUCUUAUCAAGAGACAACUCAUGUUUGAUUUUUUUGUUUAGAUCCAGCUGUUCAAAACACCUUACUCUGAAUUUUCCAGGGCAGGGGGUUGCCAAAAAUUCUUUCUUAUGUUAUGUAUCUUGCUUAUGAGCAAUAAAACCCUAUAACAAAUUACAAGUUAAAUUUUUUAAUGUAAAAGAUCAUGAUCACCUUGAUCAUGACGUACCCCAGGUUUUCCCCACUUAUUAUUUCCCCUCCCAUACUGCAUCACCUUGUUAUUCCAAUAAGGUGUGUUUAAGCAGACACCCCUGGAAGAUAACUGGGAAUCGGGGGUACCAGAAGGGGAUCGGAAGACUGAAAUUAUAAAUACCAUAGAGUUAUUAUUUGGCCCUUGAGCAAGGUUCCUUCCUGACUCUUGCUCUAUGUCUUAAUCAAAAUACACCUUUUUAGAUUAAAACUGCUUGCCAAAUGAAUACAUAUUAAUGAAGCGGUGGUGGAAAAAAUCUAAAUGAUGGCAUUACCAAUAGAGAUUCCUUGAAAAGCACAAUAUAUUUUUUGUCUGCAUUUUUGUCUGCAAUUAAGAAACACAUCUAUCAAGAGGGGUGCUCGCUGGUAACAGCACUUUGCCAGAAUUGUUGAGUAUUGCUUGUCUGUUGAUGACCACUCCAUAUUUGCACGGAAAACACUCUGUGUCAGCACACCCUUCUGUUUUCAGGUAUUAUCAAAUUUGUAUUAUAGAUAAGAACAAAGUAAUUAUUAUUAUUUUUUUUUGUAAUCAACAGUUAAGCUUUCUAGGGUGACUUUGUCACUCGGUGACAUGUUGAGCUGCUACACAAUUACGUACCUCACCCGAACCGACCUUACUCGAAAAACAAUCAUAAAUAUACUAUUAUCUUGGAGAUGUGUUUAUUUUUGAGCAGUCUUUUUGCCUUAAGUUCCUUUGUUUAGGGACGCAUUUAGUGAAUUUGUUUAUGCUCAGUGAGUGAGUACAGAAAAAUUUGAUCUAAUUAUUAUGUCUGUACAUCAAAAUGUGGAUUUAUUCACUAGAGUAGUUGGCAUAUAUAACAUUUAAAUAGCAAGUGUGUGAGUAUGUGAGAAUGUGUGUGUGUGUGUGUGUGUGUGUGUGUGUGUGUGUGUGUGUGUGAUCUGAAGUAAAAGCAACCAAACGUUUAUCUCAUACUUUUAGUCAAUGGGAUUAAUUGUGGUUGUAGGACUCAGCUAAGACCUUGGAAUUCACCCCAGUUGUUUCAAGUGCCAGUGUUAUAAACACUAACCGUCACUCACAUGUCAUUUCCAUUGAUAUAUGUGUAUUGCAAUUUCUUAAUAAGCUCUGUGUACAUUAAAAAUGAUUAAAUGAUAAUUCGCACUAUUUAAAAAAAAAUACUAUAUGGAAAUGAAAUUAUUUGUCCAUUGUAUACAAUUUAAAAAGUCUUGUAUUCCAUGAAACUGAUCAUUUAUUUAAAGAACAGAAAAAUCUAUAUGUUAAAAAAAUAAUAUAUGCUUAUAUAUUUUUAUUUUAAUCAGUGUGACUAUAUAGUAUAUUGUCAGAAUGUUUGGUGCUGUAUUGUAACAAUGAAAUAAAUGUGGACUGUCAUGAAA